CCCUCCCCUGUCCUCCUGCCCGUCUUCCGCGGCGUCGGCGGGCUGUGUGGGGGUCGGUGUCCGGAGAUGGCGGCCAGCAAGAGGGUGGCCCAGGAGCUGGAAGAUCUGCAGAAUGCCCCUCCUCGGUACCUGCGAGACCUCUUCAGUGAUGAUGCCAACGUGCUCCUGUGGCAUGGGCUGCUUCUGCCGGACACCCCGCCCUACAAUCUGAGGGCUUUCAAGGUCAAAAUCAACUUUCCUCCCGAGUACCCCUUCAAGCCUCCCAAGGUGGCCUUCGCCACCAAGAUCUACCACCCCAACGUGGGUGAGAACGGCCAGGUGUGCCUGUCCCUCAUCAGCAGUGAGAACUGGAAACCGUCCACCAAGACCAGCCAAGUCCUGGAGGCACUCGUCUCCCUGUUGAACAGGCCGGAGCUGGGGCAGCCUCUGCGAGCCGAGUUGGCCGACCAGCUCGCCAAGAACCCGGAGCUGUUCCAGAAGAAGGCCAAGGAGUUCACCCUCUCUUUUGGGGAGAAGCGCCCCGCUUAGCCAGGGCGCGGCCCACCCCCCUCCCCCCUCCCUGAACUGGGGGCGUCUAUUGGACAGGGCUUGGACUUCCCAGUUGUCCCCAGAGCAACCAGAAUCCCCUGUGGCCACCGGGAUAAAUCAGGAGGCCCGGACGUCGAAUGGCCAGAAAACCCUCUUGGACUCAGAGACCGGCAAAGCUGAGAGGGAAUGGAGGGACUAACUUGGGUGGGAUGCAGGGAAGGAUGGGUGGGUCUUAGAUGGGAAGCCCCGUUUACCCCAGUGCUUAGUACGGUGCUUGGCACCUCCUAAGCACUUCACAAUACCAUUAUCAGCAUCUAACCUAGAUGGAUUUGUUUCCCUUUUCUCAAACCCUGUUGACACGAAGGAUUAAUAAAAGUCGAUUGAUCUCAUUUCCAUUAGAUUGUGAACUCCAAGAGAGCAGGGCCCCUGAUUGUUCACUGGCAGGAACAGUGUCUAGCACAUUGAGAGCGCAAUAAAUUUGAGGCAGAAAUAAUGGCUGUGUGCUCUGCUUUAGCUUCAGAAGAGAAGCCAUGGGGACUUGCAGUUAUACAGGCAAUCCGUAGAGCUUGGAAAAGUUAAAGGAUCGGGGAUUGUUCAACCUGAACUUAACAUCUCCAACUCAAACUCUGGUCUUGCAGCUAUUACGCCAAAGGGAGGGACCAACUUUUUGCAUCUCCUCUGGAGAAUAAUAAUAAU